CUUGGCACACCGAAUCCCAACCACCGGUCGCGGCGCCGAACGCCCGGCCGAGAUAUAUACAUCGACCUGCUCGUGACGAGGCGUAGCCGAGCUGAUCGACCGAGCAGAGUGAGCUGCCGCGCGAGGCCAAGGGGAUAUGCUGCGAGGACGACAAGGAAAGGGGUGUCAAGAGGCGUAGGGGCAGGCAGGGAGCGCCAUGUGGACGCCGUCGCGGGGGUCAUCAUCAGGGAGCGGGCGGCGGACCUUGCACCAGCGCAUCGCGGACUACCUCGCCGACGACCAGACCGACGCGUCCGACAAUGAGUCGUUCAUCACGGCGUACAGCGAUGAGUUCUUUGCCUCGACGUCCGCAGCCGGAGGGGGAGAUGGAGGGAGCGGGAGAGGCGCCGGGGGAAUGCUGCCGGCGUUUCUUGCGGAUCAGAGCGACCUCGUGGAGGUUAUGCUGGAGCUUGAUGAGGAUUCCAUGGUGGUGCGCAGCGUCACGCCCACCGCCACGACGCUGUACGCGCCCACAUCGUUGGCCGCUGGAGGGACGCACACGCCGGACGGCGGGCGGAGCCUGAGCCGGUGCUCGUCGACGUCGUCGAGGAUACGCAGGAAGUUUGCGUGGCUGCGGUCGCCGUUGCUGUCGGCGCGGCACCCGCCCGCCGCGGCGCCCGAGCAACAGCAGCAGCCACUGCGGGAGGCGGCGCUGGCGGCCCGCGAGCGGCGCCGCGUCCAGGCGCGGCUGAACCGGUCGCGGUCCGGCGCGAGGCACGCGCUCAAUGGCCUCCGGUUCAUCAGCCGCACCACCGGCUCCGCCGAGCUCUGGCGCCGCGUGGAGGAGCGCUUCAACGCGCUCGCACGCGACGGGCUCCUCGCCCGCGACGACUUCGGCGACUGCAUCGGGAUGGUGGACUCGAAGGAGUUCGCGGUGUGCAUCUUCGACGCGCUGGCGCGGCAGCGGCGGCAAAACCUGGGGCGGAUCAGCAAGGAGGAGCUCUACGACUUCUGGCUCCAAAUCUCCGACCAGAGCUUCGACGCGCGCCUCCAAAUCUUCUUCAACAUGGUGGACACCAACGUGGACGGCAGGAUCACGAGGGAGGAAGUGCAGGAGCUGAUCGUUUUGAGCGCGUCGGCGAACAAGCUGUCGAAGCUCAAGGAGCAGGCCGAGGAGUAUGCGUCCCUCAUCAUGGAGGAGCUCGACCCGGAGAACCUCGGCUACAUCGAGCUGUGGCAGCUGGAGGCGCUGCUCCUGCAGCGCGACGCGUACAUGACCUACAGCCGGCCGCUGAGCAGCGGCAGCGCGGCGCAGUGGAGCCAGAGCCUCGGCGCCGGCGCGACACAGCAGCAGCAGGGCGGUGGCCGGGGCUGCGCCUCGCGGUUGCGGCAGUGGCGGUGGAGCCCGCGUCGCGCGGCGUCGAGGGCGUGCGUGGCGGCGGCGGAGAGCUGGCGGCGCGCGUGGGUGCUGGCGCUGUGGGCGGCCGCGAUGGCGGCGCUGUUCGCGUGGAAGUUCGUGCAGUACCGGCGUUCCGCGGCGUUCCGGGUGAUGGGAUAUUGCCUCCCUACAGCGAAGGGCGCUGCCGAGACGCUCAAGCUCAACAUGGCGCUCGUGCUGCUCCCCGUGUGCCGCAACACGCUGACGUGGCUCCGGUCAUCGUGGGUGCGGUUCUUCGUCCCCUUCGACGACAGCAUCGCCUUCCACAAGAUCAUAGCAAUGGCGAUCGCACUGGGCAUCUGCCUGCACGUCGGGAACCAUCUUGCGUGCGACUUCCCCCGGCUGAUCGCGUCGAGCCCAGACGAGUACCGUCUCGUCUCCAGUUUCUUCGGGCAGGACAAGCCGACGUACCGAAGCCUCCUCUGCGGCGCGGAGGGGGUGACCGGGAUCGUGAUGGUGACCAUCAUGGCCGUCUCCUUCACCCUGGCGGCGCGCCCGUUCCGGGAACGAGAGAAGAACGCCCGGCUCCCGUUCCCGCUGGGCCACCUCACCGGGUUUAACGCCUUCUGGUACUCGCACCACCUGCUCAUCGUCGUCUACCUCCUGCUGCUCGUGCACGGGUGGUUCAUAUUCCUCGUCGACAGGUGGUACCAGAAGACGACAUGGAUGUACAUUGCUGUACCGUUGGUGCUUUAUGUCGGCGAAAGGACGCUUCGGGCCUUCCGGUCGAAGGCUUACGCGGUUAAAAUCCUCAAGGUGUGCCUUCUACCGGGGAACGUCUUGGCCAUAACAAUGUCAAAACCCUACGGGUUUCGUUACAGAAGUGGGCAGUACAUAUUCCUCCAGUGUCCAACAAUCUCUCCAUUUGAAUGGCAUCCUUUCUCCAUCACUUCAGCUCCUGGAGAUGACUACAUCAGUGUUCAUAUCCAGACCAGAGGGGACUGGACGCAGGAGCUCAAGCACAUUUUCAUCGAGAACUACUUUACGCCACGCGUGCCCAGAAGAGCCGCAUUUGGAGAGCUAGGCAUGGAAGAACGGAAGAGUCCGCCAAGGUUGCUCGUCGAUGGCCCCUACGGCGCCCCUGCGCAGGAUUUCAGGAACUAUGAUGUUCUGCUCCUCGUCGGCCUUGGGAUUGGUGCGACGCCUUUCAUUAGCAUCCUGAGAGAUCUACUGAACAACAUUAAGCUGGCUGAUGAGCUGAUGGAUCUGGCAAUGGAGACCAGCAGGUCUGAGGACAGCGCCAAUAACUUCAGCGUGUCAAUGGCGAGCAGCAGCAACAAGAAGAGGGCGUAUCGAACGAGCUGCGCACACUUCUACUGGGUCACAAGGGGGCCAGAAUCAUUCGAGUGGUUCAAGGGGGUGAUGAAUGAGGUCGCUGAAAUGGACAAGAAGGGUGUCAUUGAGCUGCACAACUAUCUGACAAGUGUGUACGAGGAGCGUGAUGCAAGGACAACCCUGCUCUCAAUGGUGCAGGCCCUGAACCACGCCAAGCAUGGUGUAGACAUAGUGUCGGGCACCAGGGUCAGGACACAUUUUGCAAGGCCUAACUGGAAAGAAGUCUUCACUAGAAUCGCUUCCAAGCACCCCAAUUCUACAGUUGGCGUAUUUUACUGUGGGAGACCAACACUUGCCAAAGAAUUGAAGAAACUGUCACUUGACAUGAGCCACAAAACGGGAACCCGCUUCCAUUUCCACAAGGAGUAUUUCUGAUGGAGUAUAGAAUACCCCUGAUUGCCCUAGAAGUAGAUACCAAUAAAACAACACAAAUUCUUUGCAUAGAAGCAAACUGACCCUCUUCACCAUAUGUAAAUGUACAUAGUACAAGGCAGAGGGUAGUGAGAAGCAUUUUUAUUUAGGGAUGAAAACGGAACGAUAAAAUCCCGAACCGACCGAUAUCGUUUUCUGAUUUUUCCUUAUCA